AUGAUGCGGAACUUCUCUUCCUCUGCGACUCCACCUGUCGACCUGCGACGCCGCCAUCAGGCUCGUCGUGACUGCAGCUUUCACUGGGACAGCGAUGUUCCAGACAAUAGCUUCAAUUCUGGUCUCGAUCUGAGCGUUCAUCACACGAGCUCACCAUUCACCACUCCACCGCCAGCUGUCACUCGAGAGAGGGAAUUUCACGUAUCGAGCGCCCGCCGACGUCCACGCAACAGCCGGGGCACAAAGGAGGCCAAGAAGCGCCGAGAUGCCAGGCGAAACAGGAGGAAGCUUGCAGCUCAAUAUCUGGAUGAACAGCUGUCCAGGGAUAUUGACGAUACGCUGAACAAGGCAAAUAUUCGUCCGCCUCAACCAGCCACCCUUCCAGCACCAACGCCUGUCUUGCCCACAAACUACUUCUGGCCACCUCAACCGCAGCAAAGCUCUUCCCCGACUCGCCGAUCACCUUCGCCAUUUCAACUUCCUCCUCUGGAUUUCAACACCUUCGAUAUCCACGAUUUCCCUCUGCUUGCGUCGCCAAAGCAAAGCCCUCCACUCUCGCCACAACCCUUCUUCACAGGAGUGCCAAAUUGGUGCCCACGGAUUCCGUCGCUCACAAGCAAGCCAAGAUGGUCAAGUGGAUGGCCCAAGUUCUUCGACCUAUCGCAUCUACCCGAACGGAAAUCUUCUCCUCCAGAGACCAAAUGCCAGGAGUUGCAGCUGUGGCAGGGUGAUGCACAUCUCAAUCAGAGGAAGCAAUCACGAUUCUUUCCUCCUCAGCCUUCAUCAAAGCCGACUGUCAAGCUGCCAUCGACAGGUUGUACUCUUCAUCGCUCUAAGGGAGAAGACCACGCACUUGCCGAUGAGACUGUCUUGACUGAGGAAACCAACAUGUCUAGGCCCCGGUCAAUCUCUGACGCCGUGAGAAAGAUUGUGGCAGCCGUGAUGGCUGAUCCGACAAACAGCCUGGACCAAGAGCCAACUGCUGUCAAUCUCUGGAAUAUCCUGUCCGACGAAAUCGAGAAGAAGCGAUACACACAUGCAGGUGACCGCGAAUCAAGUCUGGAAGAUGAUUCGAAUUUCCCAGGAGGAGUGCCAAUCUACGCAGAGUCGUCUGAGGCACCCCUGCCAGCGGAACUGGACGGCAAGGAGAUCCCAUACACGCAUGAGAACAGUUUGACUGGAUUCGCCAAUGAGGUUGCCGAGCUUCACGCUGGUAACCAUCAACAAGACUUGGUCUUGUCGGACUCGGCGAUCUACUUGGCCGAAGCUAUCUCCCACAUCGAUGACGAAGCCGCCGAUUGCGAGCUUGCUGCAAUGCCGUGGCCACUUACGCCAGCCUUGCCAAUCCCAGAAAUCUUGUACCCAUUCUUGUCGACUGAAGAGAGAAUUGAAGCAGACACCAACACCGACAGCGACGACAUUACCGGUUCCAUUGCCCACUAUACCAGCGAGCAACGACUUUUCGACGUCGAGCCUUCAACACCACAUAGCACGGCCGAGAGCACUUGCGAUCUUGAGACCUUCCUCUCCAUGGGUCAUGUAGAGAACUGCUGGUGCCGCGACUGCGAAGAGGAGCCUGAACUUGUCAAUGACGAAUGGGCCACACCCUUGACGGAAUCUGAUGGAUGGAUGAUGUGGUCUGCCACCGAAGAGGAGGCCGAAGAUGCAAUCGAGCUGAUUGUGCCGAUGGAUGACAAUGGCAGCGAUGAGUACGGCUCUUUCCAAACAUGGACGACGGGAUGUGACUGGGACGACUUUUACCCUUCAAUGACUUCGCAGAGCCCGGCACCAGAACUCGACGACGAGUUCCUCGGAUACUACGAUGACGGUCCUGCGUUCUCGCAUGAUGGCGAGAAGCAUUGGAUGUGGGGUUGCUGA